AUGAAGUUUCAUUUAAUCCUGAUUUCCAUAAUCCUAAGCUGUGUCCUGGUAAAAAGCCAAGUCCUUAUCCCUGGACUCCGAGUACGACAGAUUCCCGUGCUUACCAACGGCCAAAUUCAACCGGUUCCGUAUCUGGAGCAGGCUUCAACUGUUACUCCGGAUUCUGUGAGAGAGCAGUUCAGUCGAAGGGGAAUGACAUUGGCCAAACCUUUGGUUAGUGGAACUCCGGCCCAAGCUAAGCUUCCAGAUUGGCCAAAUACGAAAGGAUAAUCGGAAAAAUUACAAAAAAAAUAC